GUAUCUCCUUCAGCACUCACUCUGCAAGCUACUAGCACAAGCUCAGCUAUCACAAAUCAAGUAACUGAGAGCAUCAAAAGCCACAAGAAAACAUCAACCAUGCCCAAGUCCAAGCGUACCAGAGUCGUCCACUUGACCGAAACCAGCAAACGGUCUACCCGCGAACACAAGACGAAAUACAUUGACGAAGUUCGCACUGCGGUGGAUAAGCAUGAUACCCUCUAUCUCUUUUCCUUUGAGAAUAUGAGAUCCAACAAAUUCAAACAAGUCCGCAUGCAGUUUCGCGCCAACGACAUGGACGAGGCUCCCUCUCGCAUUUUCUUGGGCAAGAACAAAUUGCUCCAAGUGGCGUUGGGACGAACGCCCGAAGACGAAUACAGUGACAAUCUACGACAAGUCAGUAAGCGGAUUACCGGUGGAUCGGUCGGAUUGUUGUUUACUUGCCGAUCUCCCACGGAAGUGGAAGACUAUUUUGCCAAUUUGUGCGAACCCGAUUUUGCCCGUGCGGGGUUUGUGGCACCGCGAGCGGUCACCAUUCAAUUGGAACAAUUGGCGCAUUUCCCAGUCAGUAUGGUGGAACAAUUCCGCACGUUGGGAUUGCCCACCAAGGUGGAUAAUGGCACGAUUAUCUUGAUGGACGGGAAACAGGAACAUCGAAUCUGUAAAGAGGGUGAAACACUCAGUGCGGAGCAGUGCAAGUUAUUGACACAGUUUGAUCAGAAAAUUGCCGAAUUCAAAGUCAAAUUGGAAUGCCGAUGGACUCGUAGUUCGGGACAAUUUGAUCAUCUUUAAACAACGAAGCGACAAGCAGCAACGUACGGUACUGGGUGGCAGUGGAGAUGCGCCAUUGUUGGAAGGAGUUACCUACGAAGAACUUGCGAGAAGAAGGAGAAUGUGAUUUGUAGGUAGUGUCUACUUAUUUGCAAUUUACUACAGUACCAAGGACACUGGUUAGUUCGCUAUCGCUUCGUCCAACGAUCUCAAGUGAGAAUAUGGUGUUCAUUUUUUUCCAGCAUUAGUAUAGUCUUAGGCAUUCUUUGGUUGACCUGCUACACUGACCAGAUUGAUGCAGUAUCGGUUUCCGCUCUUGUCUGGAAGGUUAUGGCCAAGGUGUGUCUGAGGCAGCAGUGCAAAAUAUGAAAGUAUGAGAAUCAAUCAAUCGUUCUCAAGUUUGCAAAUGUCAUUACAAUUCUAGUGUAGCACUAGUACUUACUCCAUCCACCGACACGGUCUCUC